GGGGGGGGGGGCGGCGGGAUCCUGGGGCCGGGAGGCUCGGUCUUCCUCACCGUUAGGCGCACGGCAUGGGCUGAAGCCUUGGGUGCCCACGGGGGAGGCGGCGCCCGGGCCUGGGUUGGGCUGCCCCGCCCCGACCGGGGUGCAGCCCAGGGACGGGACACGGGCCCGGGCUUUAGGACCCGCGUGAUUGGGCAACACAGACGACGGCUCCUCUUCCCGCCCGCCGGGCCCGCCGGGGGGAGGGUGGGGUCGCCUCGAAUUCCCCGGUCUUAGCAGCCUAGACGUCCUGCAAGAAGGAGCAGGGGUGGGGAGGCUGGGCUUGGAGCCCCGGGGCCCACUUUCCGUUGCUUCACAGGGAGCUUGCUAAUUGGGGUGUGGGCGGGCGUGGCAUGCCCAGGGGAUUUGGCAUCUGGGGAGGUAUCCGGUCUUGGGACAUUGACCCUGGCAUUUGCAGCCUUGAUGAGCAGCUCAAGGUUUUCGUGUCCCGGCACUCCGCCACCUUCUCCAGCAUCGUGAAAGGCCAGCGGAGCCUUCACCACCGUGGAGACACCCUGGAGACCCUGGUCCUCCUGAACCCAUCAGACAAGUCCCUGUGUGACGAGCUCCGGAAUCUUCUGCUUGACCCUGCCCCUCACAAGCUGCUGGUACUGGCUGGGCCCUGCUUGGAAGAGACAGGGGAGCUGCUACUCCAGACAGGGGGCUUCUCGCCCCGCCACUUCCUCCAGGUCCUAGGGGACAGAGAGAUCCGGGAUCUCCUGGCAUCCACACCCCCACCUGCAGACCUUCCCAAGCUCACCAUCACCUGCCCGACCUUCGGCGACUGGGCCCAGCUGGCGCCUGAAGGGCUUGGCCUCCACAGCACGCUCCGGCUGCGGUGGAACCCGCCCAUGCAGCUGCCGGCGUCCGAGGGCUUGCGCGAGUUCCUGGAGUAUGUGGCGGAAUCGCUGGAGCCACCAUCUCCCUUUGAGCUGCUCGAGCCGCCGGCGUCCGUGGGCUUCCUCAGGCUCGCCCGGCCCUGCUGCUACAUCUUCCCUGGCGGCCUCGGCGACGCCGCCUUCUUCGCCGUCAAUGGUUUCACCGUGCUGGUCAAUGGUGGUUCCAACCCCAAGUCAAGCUUUUGGAAGCUGGUGCGGCACCUGGAUCGGGUGGACGCCGUGCUGGUGACCCAUGCGGGCGCCGACAGCCUCCCAGGCCUCAACAGUCUCCUGCGGCGCAAGCUGGCAGAGCGCGAGGAGGCGGCGGCCGGUGGGGGGUCCGGGGACGACCGGCUUCGCCGGCUCAUCUCCCCCAACCUGGGGGUUGUGUUCCUCAACGCCCGCGUUGCCGCCUCGCGCCUCAUGAGCGGCGAGGACGAGGCGGAGCUGGCCCUGAGCCUCCUGGCCCGGCUGGGCAUCACACCACUGACUCUGAACCGCGGGCCGCUCCCGGCCGAGCCCACCGUGCUCUUCCAGAAGAUGGGUGUGGGCCGGCUGGACAUGUACGUGCUGCACCCGCCCGCGGCCGCUGCCGACCGCCCGCUGGCCUCUGUGUGCGCCCUGCUGGUGUGGCACCCCGCGGGCCCCACGGAGAAGGUGGUGCGCGUGCUGUUCCCUGGCUGCACUCCGCCCGCCCGCCUUCUGGACGGCCUGGUCCGCCUGCAGCACUUGGGCUUCUUGCGGGAGCCCGUGGUGACCCCCCAGGACUUGGUGGGGCCUCGACGAGCCGAGAGCAAGGAAAGCGUGGGCUCCCGGGACAGCUCGAGAAGAGAAGGCCGGACAACAGCACCCAGCAGGCCGGCCCAGGAGCGCCCCGGGCUGGCCCGGAAGGACCCGCCUCGGGUUGAGGCCCCCCGCAGGGCUGAGAAAGAAGCCAGGGUCCCCCGGGAGGUGAAGAAGGACCCCAAGCCAAGCGCCCUUCGGACCCAGCCCCGGGAGGUACGCCGGGCGGCCUCUUCUUCAGUGAGUGUGAAGAAGGCGGGUGCCCCGGCCGCCCCCAGGCCCCGCAGAGCACCCAAUAUCCCCCGCCCAGGGGUCCCGCCGGCGGAGAAUGGGCCCCGCAGCCCCCCUAGCUUCCGGUGUGGAGAGGCCAGCCCCCCAGCAGAGGCCUGUAGUUCCCCAGUCCCCCAGCUGGUGGACACACCCAGCCAGGAGAGCAGCCUGGAGCUGGGGCUAAGCCCGGCCGGGGAGGAUGGCGGCACCUUGGAGGAGAAGGCGCUGGAACUGCUUUUGGAUGCCGGCACCCCCCGGCCACGUACACCCUCGCCUACCGGAGCCCAGCAGGGCCCGACUGAGGGCAGCGGGCGGCUGUCGCUGAGCCCGCUGCGCGGCGGGGAGGCCGGGCCAGAUGCCUCACCCACAGUGACCACGCCCUCGCUGCCCGCUGAGGUGGGCUCCCCACACUCCACGGAGGUAGACGAGUCCCUGUCCGUCUCCUUCGAGCAGGUGCUGCCGCCGCCACCUGCCACCACGGGCGAAGCGGGGCUGAGCCUCCCACUUCGUGGCCCCCGGGUCCGGCGAUCGGCCUCCCCACACGAUGUGGACCUCUGCCUGGUGUCACCCUGCGAGUUUGAGCACCGAAAGGCUGUGCCCAUGGCACCAGCACUUGCAUCCCCUGGCAGCUCCGAUAGCAGUGCUCGGUCCCAGGAGCGGGCAGACGCUCCAGGGGCUGAGGAGACACCGCCCACAUCCGUCAGCGAGUCCCUGCCCACCCUGUCUGACUCAGACCCCCUGCCUGCCGCCCCCGGCCCUGCGGACUCAGACGAGGACAUGGAGGGCUUUGGGGUCCCUCGCCGCGACCCCCUGCCCGAGGCCCUCAAGUUCCCCCCACCGCUGCCCACCCCACCCAGCAUCUGCAUGGUGGACCCCGAGAUGCUGCCCCCUGAGCAGGCCCGGCUGACGGCGGGCCUCAGCCGUACCCGGAAGUCCCUGGCCCGCCCUAACCCCAGCGCUGCCGCCGCCAAAGCCACUCCAGCGACCACUGCCAAAACCAGGGGACUGGCUGGAGGAGACCGGGCCGGUCGGCCGCUCAGCACCCGGAGUGAGCCCAGCGACAAGGGAGGUCGGGUACCUUUGUCCAGAAAGUCCUCAGUCCCCAAGACGACCGCUCGGGGCCCCUCUGGGUCAGCUGGCAGCCGACCGGGGGGGUCAGCAGCCCCUCCCGGCUCCCCUGUCUACCUCGACCUAGCCUACCUGCCCAGCGGGAGCAGCGCCCGGCUGGUGGACGAGGAGUUCUUCCGGCGGGUGCGUGCACUCUGCUAUGUCAUCAGUGGCCAGGACCAGCGCAAGGAAGAGGGCAUGCGGGCCGUCCUGGACGCACUGCUGGCUGGCAAACAGCAGUGGGACCGUGACCUCCAGGUGACCCUGAUCCCCACCUUUGAUUCCCUGGCGCUGCAUGAGUGGUACGAGGAGACGCAUGCGCGGCACCAGGCGCUGGGCAUCACCGUGCUGGGCAGCAACAGCACCGUGUCCAUGCAGGACGAGGCCUUCCCCGCCUGCAAGGUGGAGUUCUAGCUCCAGGCCAGCCUCCCGCCCCCACCCCACCCCCCCCGCCCCAGCCCGGAGUCGGCUGCUGCCUGAGACUCCCCUGCAUCAGAAAUAAACCAGGUACCCCACUCGGCCGUGGCCUCCAUUCCUUCUGCUGACAGGAGACUUGGCAACGUCCGGGGCUGUUGUCAUCACUGUGCCGGCCCCCAGUUCGGGGGGAGGCACGCUCUGGCCUCCGUGUGGCGGAUGGGAACCCCCGGCCCCGGGGGAGGGUGUGCCUCUCUGGCAGGGACCACCGGCAGCUGUUCGUGCUGCUGACCUUGAGGAGCUGAUUUUCCCCGUGGGGAAGCUGGUUCCCCCGGGCAGCCGCUGGACCCCCACCACACACCAGUCCAUGACCAAGGUGAGAUUGGAACCCCAGGCUCUGUGCUCCAAAGCUGGAAAACAGAUUCCUCUCCGUUUCUGGAGAUGACUGAUGCUCCUGGCCGGGAGUCCCAUGCUACAGAGAGGUCUUAAAGAAGAAUCGGAAACCCAGUGGUCACAAAACGUCAGUUUCUGAAGACCCCCCUUCCCUGCACUCUGCAUGUGUGCACAUUCAAGGAUAUGCCACGUGCCCUGGCGUGGAUGGCGACCCAGAAAGCAUACAUCUGUCCUGUCACCCGAUGUCUGGGAGUGUCACCGAGUAGAGAGAUGGAAUUAAGUGAGGGAUCUUGGGAUUAUCUGGAUGGGCCCUAAACCCAAUGACAGGUGUCCUUAUAAGAGACAAAAGAGGUGACAUUGAGAGAGGAAGGCCGUGUGGAGAUGGAGGCAGAGAUUGGGGCGAUGGGGCCACAAGCCGAGGAGCACUGGAGCCUCCAGAAGCUGGGAGGGGUGAGGAGUGGUCCUCCCCUAGAACUUUCUGAAGGAAGCAACCCCGCUGGCAACUUGAUUUCAGAGUCAGCCUCCAGAAGUGUGUGAGAGUGAACCGUUGUUUGGGGUACUUUGUGACGGUGGCCCCAGAGGAGCUGGUGGGCACACGGCUCCCUUCCCUGGCCGCGGUGGCCUGAAUCACUGCGUGUGGCUGCGGAGCGUCUCCCGCCGAGGACUCGGAGUUUCUCGCAGCUCUGGAGGCUGGAAGUCAGGGUGCCGGCAGGGCCGGGGUCUGGUCAGGAGGCUUCCUGGCUUGCACAUGGCUGCCUUCUGGCCGGGUGCUCACAUGGAGCGGGAGGGGCGUGGGGGCACGUUCUCUGACCUCCCCUUCUUAGGAGAGCACUGACCCCAUUGUGAGCCCCCCCUUCACUACCUGCUAAUCUCCCGGAGUCCCCACGUCCAGAGACACUGUCACGACACCAUCACGAUGGGGAGUUGGGCUUAAACAUAGGAGUUGAGGCGGGGGGUCUGUAUGGUUAGGGCUCAGCCUGUCAGUGUCCAGCGUCUGGUUGGACUGGCCCCUGUGGUUGCACACCCUUCGGCAACACCCAUCAGGAAACUGAAAAAAGUAAAGGUUUCUUACCAACAAGACCUGGAGCUCCCACAGCACCCCCAGGGCGGGCCACACAGUGAGGGGGUGGGAGGUUCCCUGGCUGGGCCUCUGCUUUUACUGGGGUCCAGGAUGGGGGCGUGGGGUUCCCAGGGCUCAUUGCUUAUGGUAAAACUAAAACAUAGGAGUGGGAAUUUAAAGCGCCAGAAGGGAAAAAACAAGUGGCCCCAAAGGCCAGUUCUCAAAAGCAACCAAGAGCUCUCAAACAAGGCAGCCUGGGGGGCGGGGGGGCCGGAGAGCUGGCUGUUUAUCAAGCGGUGUGGCUGGCAGAUAGGUUUAUUCCAGAUAGCUACCUUUGAAGCGGAUGCCUGGGCAAUCAAAGCUUAAGUCAGACACUUAAAUUACAAGAAGAAAAAACACCCAGGGGGCACACAGUUCAGUCCAGAGCUGUCAGCGGCAGCAGGCAGGGAGAUGGCUACAAAGGGUUGGUGUGGGGGACCUGACUGCUUCCUGUGGGCGCCACCGAACUGGUGUCGGGCUGUCUUCAUGUGGGAUGUUGGGGCUUGACGGGGCCAGGCUGUUGGGAAGUGCAGACGGACAUCAGGAGAGCCCGUCCGGGACCCACAGGGAUGGGACCCACCAGGGCGCUGUGAGUGGGGCCGGGGCCCAGCUCAGCACACAACGGCCCCGGGAACAGGGGAGCAGCAGUCUGGGGGAGCUGCUCAGCACCUGGGACCUGGAUCUGCGACCCUGCGCCCACUUGGUUGUCGCUGCACCCGCCUCCCACCGCUCACAGGGAAGGGGAGUGCUGGUGUUUCGCUGGGCAUGGUGUGUGGUGUGGGGACAGCCGGCCCCCCCACUUCCGCUGCCGGGCAUGCAGGCUGUGGCCCCUUGCCCGCUUUUUCCUGUUGCCAGGUAAGGGUGGGCUUCUCAGCCCCGGGCGUUAGGGUGGGUCACUGUGUAUACAGGAGGCCACACGGCCCAAGGUUUCACUUUGGCCAAAUGCCGAGUGACAGGUGCCACCUCCCAUUCUCAUUUCAUUUGUUUUAUUACUAGGGAGGUUUUCUAAAAUGUAUUUUAUCUGUAAUGGGCUGCUUCGACUGUUCUAUUACAUGGGCAUCUUUUUUUCAGUUAUACAUCAUAAUUUUACUUUUUAAAUACACUUUUUAGGGGUGCCUGGGUGGCUCAGUCGGAUAGGCGUCUACCUUCGGCUCAGGUCAGAUCUAUACAUCAGGUGAUGGCACUG